CUCUCGCCAUUCUGUCACUUCUAUUCGUCGGGAUCGGUCGCGUAUCAGUUCGUCUCCCGCGCGUAAGACUUUUUUCUUCAGUUCCUUCAGUCCACCAUAAGUGCUCAGCCGAAGGAAAAAUGCAUUGAAAUUGUGCACUUUUGUGGGUGGACCUAGUCGAUUGGUAGUGUUUCGAAACGUUACGAAGAAAGUGCCUUAAUUGUUGUUGGGAGAAAGAGAUUAGGGAUUUAAGUGGGGCAUUUUGGUGUGCGAGUUCCGAUUCGAUAAUCGCACCACAAUGACGACGAUAUCAAUAAGCAGAAAGCGACCACUGGCGAUGAUGACCCUGGCUGCGACCCUGCUACUGUGCGCAGUCACGCUAGCGGCCGCCCAAUCAUCAUCCCAAUUGACCUGCCCGGGCAAAACGACCUGCCGGGAGUGCAUCCAGACCAGUAACUGUCGCUGGUGCACCCAGGCCAAUUUCACAAAACCGCGAUGCCACGGGCACGAUAUCGGUUACUGCCCGGAGGAGUACACGGUCGAUCCGAGCAACGAGGCCAUCACACUGAUCGCCCGUGAACUCAGCAAACCAACUAAAGUGGGCGGAGCUGGCGGUGGCUACGAAGCGGAGAUGUCCGGUAGUUCGCAUUGGUCAUCGUCCUCCUCGUCGCACCACAGUUCAUCGUCGUCUUCGUCCUCAUCUGGGAGCAUGAGCGCUAGCGGACACCAUAAUAUUGUCCAGAUCUAUCCGCAGCGAGUGCAACUGAAGCUGCGAUUGAACGAAGUGUACCGAUUGGGCGUCAAGUACUCUCAAGCCGAAGAUUACCCCGUGGAUCUGUACUACCUGAUGGACCUCUCCAAAUCCAUGGAGGACGACAAGGAGAAGCUAUCAUCACUCGGGGCUCAGCUCGCUGAGGAGAUGCAGAAGAUCACGUCCAAUUUCCGGCUUGGAUUUGGUUCAUUCGUUGACAAGGUCCUGAUGCCGUACGUUUCAACUGUGCCGAAAAAUCUCCGUGAACCAUGUCCCCAGUGUGCUGCUCCCUACGGCUACCACAAUCUCAUGCCCCUCAGUGUGGACACCCAUCGGUUUACAGAAGAGGUCGAACGGGCAGCGGUGUCCGGAAACCUGGACGCUCCCGAGGGUGGCUUCGACGCCAUUAUGCAAGCCGUGGUAUGCCGCGAGCAGAUCGGUUGGCGCGAGAUGGCCCGUCGCCUGUUGGUGUUCUCGACCGAUGCCGGAUUCCACUACGCCGGCGAUGGAAAGCUGGGUGGAGUGAUCACACCGAACGACGGAGAGUGCCAUCUGGACAAAACCGGCCGGUAUACGCAUUCGACGAUUCACGAUUAUCCGAGCAUUUCGCAGAUCAACCUGAAGGUCAAGCAGAACGCCAUCAACGUGAUCUUCGCGGUGACACAGAACGAACUGUCCGUGUACGAGCGGCUGUCCAAGCUGGUCGAGGGUUCUUCGGCGGCCAUGUUGUCCAACGAUUCUUCGAAUAUUGUUUCGCUGGUUCGGGAUGAGUAUAAUAAAAUUUCUUCCUCCGUGGAGAUGAAGGACAACCGUACGGAUAGCCUCAUCGACGUAAAGUACUAUUCGCGUUGCAAAGGCGACGGCCCCUUGGUUCAAACGAGCAAGUGUGACGGCCUUAAGGUCGGCGACAUUGUCAACUUCGAAGCGCACAUAACCCUGCUGAAGUGUCCGGAGAACCCACGGGACUGGAACCAGAUCUUGCAGAUCUACCCGAUCGGUAUCAACGAGAGUUUGACGGUCGAUAUCGAGAUGCUGUGCAGCUGUCCGUGCGAACUGCCGGGAAAUCCGGACUACAAGGAGUACGCCGAAGAGUGCAGUGGGGUGGGAACGUACAAGUGCGGCAUCUGCGACUGUGACGAGUUCCACCACGGGCACAAGUGCGAGUGCUCGGCCACGGACAUCCACACGGAGACCGGCUUUGCCGAGAAUUGCCGUCAGACGAACACGUCGAUCGAGUGCAGCGGACGGGGGCAGUGCGUUUGCGGAGUUUGUGACUGCGACAAACGGGUGAACCCUGACGAGGUGAUCUCCGGCACGUUCUGCGAGUGUGAUAACUUCUCUUGUGAUCGCAUCGCUGGGUUGCUGUGCUCGGGACCGAAGCAAGGUGUCUGCUCCUGCGGAGAGUGCAUCUGUGCCGAAGGCUGGACGGGUGCUGCGUGUGACUGUAAGGCCACAAACGAAAGCUGUAUUCCGCCGUCGGGAGGGGAGAUCUGUUCCGGCCAUGGAACUUGCGAGUGUGGAGGCUGCAGGUGCAAGAUAACUGAGGAAGGUCGCUACUCUGGUCGUUUCUGCGAGAAGUGCCCGACCUGUUCGGGACGGUGUAAUGAGUUCAAACACUGUGUUCAGUGUCAGAUGUACAAAACAGGACCACUGGCUGAUCCGGAUGACUGCGCAACGAACUGCACUCUGUUCGUACCGACCGGAGUUAAGAAGGUUGAAAUCGACGAAGAAAAGGACGACAACAAGUGUACCUUCUUCGAUGAGGAUGACUGUCGGUACGAGUUCUCGUACAACGACAGUGGCGAGAAGAUCGUGGUGAAGGCCCAGGAAGAGCGGGAAUGUCCACCGAAGGUGUUCAUGCUGGGCAUUGUGUUGGCCGUGAUUGCGGCCGUUGUACUGAUUGGAUUGGCAGUGCUUCUGCUGUGGAAGCUGCUAACAACGAUCCACGAUCGACGGGAGUUUGCCCGCUUCGAGAAGGAACGAAUGAUGGCCAAGUGGGAUACGGGUGAGAAUCCAAUCUACAAGCAAGCGACCACCACUUUCAAGAAUCCAACGUACGCUGGCAAGUAAACAGAAACCAUUAUCACAAGUGCCUAAAAACCUGUUUUGGCCGACAAAUUUUCGUCCGGCUAUUCAACAACCAUUUUCCAAACAUUUUGCAAGAGGAGCGUACACAUACUAGUCUGUAACCGCGCCUUUUCAGAAAUGAAACCGCGGUUUUUGUCGAAGGGUCCUUCUGCAAGACUUAUGGAAAAUGCCAUAAACUUUUGUUUGGAUGAAAUCGAAAUUCGUCUUGAUUGUAGAGAACCAGGUUGCCAAACUGACAAAGGCAGUCCGCGUCUCAAUGCAAGCAUUAUGUAUUUGAAUGCCUUAAAAAGUGUGAAUUGUAAAACCGCCUUGUGCCGCGCAGAGUAGAAUAUAGAGAAUCCAAUCGUAAAGACUAAUGACAAAUCAUAGGUACGUAACAAUCCGAGACAGAUGUUUGAAAAUAGUUCCCGUCUACACACACAAACGAUACUUAAGUGUACUUAUCCGUUGCGUCAAUUCGCAUAAACAAGUGACGAACAUUUUAACGCAAGCCAAAAUUUUACAAAGCAAUAAGCGAUUGAGCCGAAGUAUUGAGCAAACGUACGCAGGGGAAGGGAGAAAGAUUUUCGCAUGGAUCGACAUGUGCUGCCAUUUUUAUUUUAGUAAUUGUGCGCGAAUUCCAAUGAUUGCAAGACCGCUCCGCAGGACCUGGGCUUUCAGUUGGGUUCGCUAGCCUUAAUUACGGCGACUACGACGCCGACAGUUUCCUUUGCCGUGGCAAGAGAAAGCGAGAAAUUGUUUUAACGAGAAUUUUUAAUAUAUACGUUUUUUAUAGAUAAUUUUUAAAACCAGAUUUGUAUUAAGGACAUACUUGUUAGAAUCCCAAUAUGGCCGCCACAAUGGCCGACUUUGGCACCUACUCACGAUUUUGAGGGCACAAAUCUCUUCGCAAACAAAACCAGCGCACUUGAGCUUCUUAUUUUAAGCUUAUUACAAGUGAGCAAGAGCAGAAUAAUAAAAUGCAUUGUUGUUUGAAGCUUGCUUCUUGAGAUUUGUGCGUCUGAAGUUUUGAUGCACAGUUUAACCGGGAUUUCAAGACGUUUGUCCUUAACAAAAGUGUCAAAUUCUUAGCGAUAAUGUCGCGCACACAGAACGAGCGUAACACAGGUUUAUUUAUAGUUUUUAUUAAAACGCGUGUUUGUGAAAAUCCAUCUUUUUUACUUAACAUUAUUCAUCAAAAACGAUCAUUUGGUUCUUCUGUAUGCUAGUUCAAAUUUUCAUGUAAAUAAUUUAUUUUCUUUGUCAAAAUCAACAAGAGAUUUCAUAUAUGUAUUGGUAAAUCGCCGAGUGCAACGUAUUAACAAAGUCGAUCUACAAAACGUUAAUUUUUAAUGAAGUGAAAACUGUACGGUAGACGAUGCAGAACAGGUAUCGAAUGUAUUGAAAUAGAGCUAACUCUAACAGUAGAACAGAAAA